GGCACUGGAGGAAAAAAAAAAAAAAAAAAUUAUUGCAUGGUACCACAAGGGAGAAAUUGGUUAAAUUUUCCCCCCUAGUUCCCCAAACUCUGGCCCCUUACACACGAUGGAGGUGAACAAGGCAAAGCUGGGAGUAGCUUCCAGCUGGGGCAGCUUGUGCUGGGAACUGAGCACAGGAACACCCAGGGGCGGUUCAAGGGCAGGCAGCUUCACUCUGCGCCUCGGCCAACCCCCAGCACUCCUUUCUCCUCGCCAGGAGGGCAGCAUGGCCACAGCAUUCACACAAAACUCCUGUGCUGACACUGACCAGAGCUUCAUGCCUUGGUGCUGAAGAGACAAAAACCCCUAAGAAGGCAAUGGGUGAGCCAGCACAGGCUGUGGUCAUGAAGACUUUUGGAGGACGAGAUGAGACCUGCAAGGAGAAAAUCCAGUCUCACCUGCAAUCCCUAAGGAAGGUGUUAACAGAGUUUCUGGACUGGAGAGUGAGCGAAGAGAAGAGACACCAGGACUACCUGGAGAUGAGUGAAGCCGAGCGGCGCCGCAUUCAGGCUGAGUUCGAGCGGCUGCGCCGGCUGCUGGCGGAGCAGGAGCGCACGGUGCUGGGGCGGCUGGCUGAGCUGGACGACACCUUCGCAGCUACUCACGCCGAAAAAUCAUUGCGGGUGGCCGAGGGAGUCGCACAGGUCCACAGACUCAUCGGGCAGCUGGAGGCCAGGUGCUUGACCCAGGAUGUUGGGAGCAUCCUAAGCAGCGAAAUGAGGCUCCACCUCCCCUCGGGGCUACCCAAGGAGCUGGAAAAGAGCCUGAGCUCCUGCUGCCGCCAAAGCGACGCUCUGUGGGAGGCCCUGGAGAAGUUCAGAGACACAGAUCCCUCCAUGGGUCUCCCCACACCAAAGACGACGCUGGAGACUGGCACGACUCCUCUCCCACAGCUUUUGGCAGAGAGAAAAUGUGUGCGGUGGGAUGAGGAGGAGGAGCAGGACUAGGCCAGAGAGCCUCGUUAAGGCCCGGAGCUGGCUGGCAGCUCUCAUGGAGGUCAUUGCCAGGAGAUGCAGGACUGCAGGAUGCUGCCUGUGCAUCUUUAUCCUAGGUUCUGCCCAUAUUCCUAGGGGCACAAAUAGUUUUAUGACAAGCUUCCCUCCAAGCUGCUUUAAUUAGUAACAAAUUUUGUGCUGCUUCUCACCAGUUCAGGUCACGAAUUAAAGAAAUACAAAUUUAAAAACCCACCCCCGAUCUUCCUUUUGUGCUUGUGUGUAUGCAUAGGCUAGAUUUUAAGGUAUUUUCUUAGUUUUGCUGGGCCAGGGAGGAGGGAGCAGGCGAGCGAGGGGCAGCGGGAUACACGGGUUCCGGUUCUCGGGCACAGAGUGGCGGACCUGUCCCGGAGCCUAAACUAUGCGGCCUUGGUUGAGAACAGCACAUCCCGCUCCUCCCCGCCGCUGGAAGCGGCUGCCCCGGCUCUGGCUGUCGUCACUCGGCUGCCCCCUAACCCUCACACGAUAAGCAGCGCGAUAAGCGGCGACUCCCCGCAGGAGCUGCGCCUG